AUGCCGCUGAUCCAGGAAGUUGCGCGUUUGUGGGCGGAACUGCUUGAGAGGAGGGAUCACGCGUUUCUCAUUCAAGAAAUCCUUGGUCGAGUAUGGCCGAGAAGUCUGCGGGAUUCUCAAGUGAUCGACGAAGGCUUCUUGAAAGACGUUGUUCUAUUGAAAACUAUCUUCGACGUUCAACGCACGCGCAUGCGCUACGAUCCAUCAUACAGUUACCAGCCUUCGGACGGCUUCCUGAUCUCAGUUAACGGCCUGGUCGACUGCCUCGACUGUCUCUUAGGAGUCGCACCGGCAAUAGCCCGCAAUCCCCGGAUCUCACAAAACAUCCGCAACAUCUCCCUCAAUAUUCUUCAACAAACCCUUGUCUCCGGCUUCCGAGCGUCUCUCCUUGCGAUUGAGCGAUUGAGCAAUCCCGUACAUUCCGAUCCGAGGGUUUCUCGACUCGAAGCCUGCGUUGACCGUUGGAUCUCAUACGGGUUUCCUGUGGGCGGUGGAGAAAGGAGCUCACAUAUCUUUCGAAACGCCAUUGAGAGUCUUCGCGGUACCCAGGAAUCUGAGAGCAGUUGCGACGAGCAUGUCCCACUUGAUAGACCGGAUCGCCCAGGUUUUGCUCUCGAUUUCAAUAUGACGAGGUGUGUAUCUCAGGCGAUAAGCUGCAUCACCCGACGAUGCGGCCAGGCAUUCAGGAGUGCUCUUCUUCUGCUGGAUCUUCGACUCAUGAUCAUGGCUGAAUGCUACCACCAAGUGAAUGCCAAUACGUAUCAAUGUGAGUCCAAUAGUUCCUCGGGCUCGACGUCCAGAAUCUCAGACACAACGGCUUCCUCGCACGACAUGAGAACGAUCCUCAACAAGUGGAAUGAACUCGGCACUCAGCUACAAGACUUCAUGAACACAAGUGCACCCGAUGGAAGUUAUCCGCUUUCCUCCUUUACCGACUUUGCGGAUGCCGUUGAACCCGGUCCCCCGUCUUGCGACGAGCCAAUUGAGCAGAUUCUGAGUUGGACGGGACAGGAUCUCAGCGUCACAAUCCUCGCGGGCAUUCUCAGAAUACAACCUUCUGUAUACACCAAGAUUUGUCAGGAGCUUCGACUCCGAAACUCCCUCGUCUUCGACACACAUGGAGAUCUACAGACCAUUUUCAGCCAGUUGACCGCACAGAUUCAAUCAUGGGUGUCACGAGCCGGACCUAGGGAGGUUCUCGAUUCGCCCGCGCAACACGACGUCUACAUACUGGAAUGUAGCGAACUUCAUCCCAUUGAGUACGACACAUUUAUGGAGCAUAUCAAUGGCCAGGCCAGAGAGGCCUUGCGGAGCGGUCAACAUGUUAUUGACCAUGACCUGUACUUUCAGUGCCCCUUCCACCGGUCACCUGCACCAUAUGUUCGGAAAGCACGCAGAAUAACCCCGUUGAGUGAAAUCUCUAGAGCGCUGCAAAGAAUCGUUCACUCACCGGCCGCGAUGAACGACCAUCCAGCCAGUGCUGCGGCUAUCUCUGAUGAUCUGGAAUUUUCCUACAAUGAGCCCGAGCAUGUUGAAAGUUCAAACCGGUCAACUGCGAGCAGGGCGUUGUCCUCAAAUCAGCAUGAGAACGCGACAGUCCCUACGACCUCGACACCCGUGCCACUACCAGAUGCAUCACCGUCGCUUCGCCCGCCCACUACUGGCAGGGCGACUAUGCGAAGCAGGGCCCUUACUACCCUGGGACGGUGGAUCAACUCAGCACACAACCGCAGCCAGUCCGAGUCCGCCACAAGCCCGCACAUGUCUGAAUUGUGGCAUGCGCUCAGUCCCGACGCUUCAAACUUGAUUGUCUGGUCUCGCCACAGAAUCUGUCGCAAACCACUGGCGAACGAUACUUGGAGUCAAGAACAGUUCUUGGACCAUAUCAUACUUGCCGCCACAGGGACCACUCACUUCGCCGCGGUCAGCCAAGGGACGGGGGGUUAUCAACUGUCUCUUUUUGAUGCAACAGGAGGGCCUGCAGGGCAAUCCAUGAUGCGUCUCGAUAAGUGUCCCAGAAGUCUGUGCUUUUCUAACGAUGGAUCCAAGCUGGCUGUAGGCACAGCUUUUGAAGUGAGGAUCGUUUCGACAAGCCGGGCCGACUGGGCUCACCGCUAUCGCAGGUACAGGUUAAUCCCGCCCUCAACAAGCGAGGAACUUGACCGAGGAUCUUCGAGCCAGUCAACCCAAGAUUCGUGGAACGGACAAGAGCUGCACAGCCAAGCUUCGUCCUUUUCUCCAGACCGGCAACAGCUCUUGGUGGCCACACAGUAUGGCCACGAAGAAUGCACCAUCCUCCUGUGGCUCUACGAUCUCGGAGCAAGAGGAGAUCGACGAACUCUGCCUCCAUAUUCCUUCAGAAAGACACUCAGCAUGGUCGCACCAGACGCUGGUUUGACAGCGAUACCUUGCUUUCACAGAAGCGGUCAAACCACUUACAUCUUUUGCAGGGCUGCGGCGCAUCACAGACGACCCAGGGUCGAGAGGAUCAUGCCUCCCGCUCCAGGCGGGGGCACUAGGUCUAGAGAGUCCGAGCAGAUAACCGGCACAGAGGUCUUCAUCGAUCGUGUGCAUACGGCAGUUCCCAUAUCCGGUGAAGCACCUCGAUUUCUCUUGGUCAAUGAAAGCAAUGAAAUAUACCUUGUCCGCCGAAUCGACGACGUGAGGGCUUGGGCUGCAGAACGAAUCCGCAUUGACCUCCCCAGACGUCCUGCUUCUGAGCAGGGUGGGGGAUGGAGAGUCUCUGUCGCGCCUCUCAGCGCUAGCAAUAUCACUGCCUUCUAUAUCUAUCAGGGUCAGGGUCACCUUGUUCGAUAUGACGCCUCAAGGUCUCCGCGAGAACAGUCAGAGGUCGUCUCGCUGGAUGCGUUCAACCCAGGGGCUGUGGAUAUUGUGGCGGAAGCUACAUAG